CUUUCGAGCGACGCGACAGUUGCGGUUUGUGUUUGCCAACGAAAUAACGUGUGUCACGCACUUGCGGAGAGAAAAACGGAAAGCAUUUACAUAACCGUUAAAUAACGUCUAGUGAUUCACUGGCAUCGAACGAACCAACGAAACAAAUACUAAUUAAAUCGCACGAGAGGAUUACACGGAAAAUAAUUAAAUUAAAUAAAUUGUGUACUAAUUUGUAGAAUAGUUUCGAAUUAUUUUUAAAACCAAAUAUUCAAAAUGUGCAACUGUUUGUGGGAGUGUCUGAAAUGCCCGGCAAAACUUUUUUGUUGCUGCUGCGAAUGUGCGCUGAAUAUGAUACUCGGCAUAUUCUGUUCGGUCAUAGUAUUAGCUGUCAUAAUCGGUCUGAUCGUGUACUUCACAGUAUACUAUCAUAAGGAUAGUUCCGACGGUCAGCAAGAAAAAUUGGUGCAGCAGCUUAUAACAGCUGCGCCUACAACCUUUAAGCAAUACUUCCAGCAACAACACUAAAAUGGAAUAAAUGCGGUUUAAUGCCAGUUUGGGGCUGUCUGGCAUUACUUUAGUGUCUUAUUGUAUAUUUUGUAAGUUUAAUAUAUUUAAACAAAUAUUUUUAAACAUUUAUACAAGAAAAUUUAACUGAUUUUUAAUAUAGCUUCGAAUUUAAUAAAAGAAAUAAUGUAAUCACACUGCUGCUAAUCUAAUCAAAGUUUUAUUGAACAAAUUUGGGUUCAUUUACGAUAUGCUAUAAAUAGUUCGUUCUUAAUGUUUGGGGCCAUAAUAUAAGGCUAUAGAAAUAGUGUUAUCACAAUGAUGUUUAUACUAUAUACACGCAUAUGUAUUUAUAAAUAUUUAUAUAAUAUACUUGUAUAAAAUAGUGCUUAAUUAAAUUAUUACUUCCCUUUGUUUAACUUCGUACCGA